AUGAAUCUGCCCAAUCCCUGCCUCCUGGGAAUUGUACUAACGAUAUCCACGCAUUCCGGGCCCCAGGUUGUAUACCACUAUCCUCCCGUAGACAUCUCGUCAUCAAGAAAGAAGAAGAAAAAGAGAGAACAGGAACAAGAAGCUGCCAAUGCAGUUCAGAAUAGUGCAGAAUUCAGAUCUUCUCGUCACGAAAGUGUUCUGCAAAGAAAAAAGUCGGUGAAAUCGCACCAUGAGGCCGAAAGCGAAGCGAAUUUCUCCAUGCACUCUACAAAAACAGAAGAAUUGAAUAGUCCAGAAACCAGUGAUAGCUCCGAUGAUGAUACUAGUAGUGGUUUAAGCGAUAGUGAUAUUUCUACCGAUUAUGCAGACCUCUCUUCUGAAUCAGGAUCUUCUACUUCGGAAGAUGAUUUGUCCGUGGGAAAUGAAGACGUCAUUGGUCCAAGGCUGUCGAUCGACAACAAUGCUAGUCUCCAGUCCUUGGGUAACUCAAUCAAAAGCAACAGCAAUAGAGAAAUACAUGCGGCUGCGAGUAGAGUGUUCCAGUAUUUAAGCCCUCAAGAAUCAAAACGGAACUCUAUCGUUUCUAAACAUGCCUUUAGCCGAGAGCAGGAUGGCCCGGCGGUCAAUUUGGAUCAAGAGUCCGAUGACGAGACUGAAAAUGCUUAUGAGCUCGAUGACCAACAUUUUGGCUCAGAAUUCCAGGCUAUCAACAAGAUCUUGAAAUUUGAUGCCGAUUUUUUCGCGGAGAUCAGUUCACCGCCAAAGGAACUAUGCAAUACAAGGUUCGAGCUCUCAAUUGAUGAACUGGUUCUGGUAGGUUUACCUAUUCAUAGGGAUCAAGAAGGCAGAUGGAGAAAAUCGAAAAAGCGAAAAAGUGGUAACCGCUCUCGACCUUCUAACUCUAGUCUGAGGGGCAGGAAUGUUUCACAAGCACGAUCUGCAACGUCAGAGGGAAACGAUGAUCAUAACGCUUCUCUUGAAGCUGGGUCCACUUCUGUCACGCUAGAGAAUGACCGCAACGAGGAUGAGUAUCGCGAUCUCGAAAAAAGUGUCAAUAUGUUCCAUUUGUGCUUUCUUCUCAAUCCUCAGCUAGUCGAGUACAAUGAGAGAGUUGACGCCAUGUAUCACUAUGUGAUAUCUAGAUUGUCGCUCAUCCUGCGGUAUGCUCAGGCAAGAACAGGGUUUGUGACGAAUGAAUGCUUUGAGAUAUUGAAGACUCGAGAUCGCAUACUGAAGUCAUCACAAAGGUAUCAGUCUAUAAAGGGUCAAAGUAAUAGGGGAAAAUAUCUCUACCAGAAGAUUGUCAACAAAUCGCCUUUGGCACGCAUCAUAACCCAAUGUUACGAUGCGAUCUCGAGGAAUGAAGUUGCAAAUCUAGAAAUUGACGAAGACAAGAUGAUAUCGUUACAAAUUCCUCUCAAAGACGAAUUCAAAGAACUGCCGGAUGUCAAAAUGAACCCAGUUUUGAGAGGCUCGUUUUUGACCUCCGUCUUGAACAAUGGAUUUCUGGAAAAGGAUUCUAAAACCCAACUAAAUGAGCAAAAUGGCAAAUUAGAAGACGAUGACGAUCUUCUGAAUUACGCACUUCUACUUUUGAGUGAGCCCAGUACUAUAGUACAUGAGCUUCAGUUUUCGUCGUUCCGCAAUGAUGCCACUUCAGUGAUUCUGACAUCUUUAGUCAAAAAUCUGAAGCCAACAGUACCUUUGCGAAGCUAUCAAUACAUUGUCGACGAAGUGAUGGGAGGGCCGACCGUGGUCGAUGGCGAAAGAGAUGAUUCAAUGCGCACUAAUUUGUUAAGGUCAUUGGCUUUACACUUGAUGUAUUGGCGCCAUGCAAGGAUCAUCAUACCUCUAUCCUCAAAGAGUACCUAUAUCGUGUCCCCGCUUGCGCCCAUCGCUGGGUCAGAUAUUAGACAAUCAAGGGAAUCCGAAGAGUUCGAGAUGGAAAAUAAACCACUGAUUUUUCAAAAUCAGGAUAUCUUUGCCAAAAAGUUUCCAUCUCUUCCCCCACUUUCCUCCUUUUUAAGUUUAAUAUCCUCUUCCAAGCCUAGACCAUUUGGUGUUUUCAUACCCUCCAAGGACCAUAAAAGUGUUUACCUCAAUGCUUUGAGCUGGCUGAUCAGAUAUGGAUAUUUGACGCAACUACUCACCUUUUUAUGGGUUCGCGUAGACUCACGCAUUAAAAUAGCAGUGGAUGAAGACCUUGAAAGGGAUGGUAUGAAAAGAGCCAAGAGUUCCAGGCAAGUUCACACGAUGGAUAACGACACGACCGCCGUAUCGCAUCUUGAAAAUAAUUUACCAGAUGAACCCGAUUUUUAUUACUAUGAGGGAGACGAAGAUGUGUUCAAUAGGGCUGACUACACUAUAAUCUUGAACCCUGAAAGAGCCACUGCUGUCGAGAAGCGGUGGCUAUACAAAUGCGUCGAGGGCCAGCCUCUGGAAACUCAAGCUCUUUUUCACAAGCUAGUGAAGUAUUUCAACGGUAAUACACCGCUGGAGCUAACUCUCAUUAGAGAAGGAGUAUCAAGACACGAAGUUCGCAAGCUUACACAGGCAAUUGGAAAAUACUUGGUCGAAAUUAACCACUGGUAA